AUGUCACCCAUCGAUAACCCCGCUCUGCCAAAGGGCUCUUUGGUCCUUGUCACUGGAGUCAACGGCCUUCUUGGCUCCCACGUCGCCAAGCAAUUCCUUGAAUUCGGCUACAAAGUCCGCGGAACGGUUCGGUCCCCGGAGAAGAACUCGUGGCUCACGACCGCAUUCGACAACGAGUAUGGACAAGGGAAUUUCGAGCUUGUCAAGUUGGCGGAUAUGACUGACGAGGAGGCUAUGAAGGAGGUCGCCAAAGAUGUGUCCAUGAUCGCACACACUGCUUCAAUCAUGUCAAUGGAUCCUAACCCCAACAACGUUAUUCCUGGUGUCAUCGCUGGUGCCGUUGGUGCCUUGAAGGCCGCAUACGCCACUCCAAGUGUCAAGCGCUUCGUCUUCACCUCCUCAUCCAGCGCUGCCCUUGUGUCCAUUCACAAUGCCCCUGGCGCUACUAUCACCGAGGACAGCUGGAGUGAGGGUGCUGUCAAGAAGGCUUGGGCAGACCCCCCCUAUGAGAGGGAGAGGGCUGGAGCUGUCUACGCAGCAAGCAAGAACCAGUCUGAGAAGGCUAUCUGGGAUUACCACAAGGAACAUCGCAGCGAGAGGCCUGACUUGGUUGUCAAUACCGUACUACCCAACUUCAACUGGGGCAGGUCUAUCGAUCCCGUCAACCAGGGAUUCCCCAGCAGUACCGGCUACGUUAUCCAGCUAUUCCAGGGCAACGCGACGCCUAUACAUAAUGUCAUCGCUCCCCAAUACUACAUCGACGUUGACGACACAGGCAGACUGCAUGUUGCAACAGCCCUGUUCGGCCACCUAGAAGACCAGAGAAUAUUUGGUUUCGCAGGCCACUUUAACUGGGAUUCGAUCCUGGACAUUUUCCGAAAGAACUAUCCCGACCGGAAGUUCCCCGAUAACUUCUCGGGUGGACGCGAUGCCAACGAGAUCAAGCCGGUCGACAAGGCGGAGCAGCUUCUGAAGGAUAUGGGUCGGCCUGGCUGGACUAGUCUAGAGGACUCGAUUCUUGCUACCGUUGAAGGAUACGUUUCCGUUGAGAAGGCCAAGAUUUGA